AUGAUACAUCGUGCUUUGUGGUUGGUAAAGCCCGAGACCAUAUCUAACACUUUUAAAAAGUGGAAAUUUUUCACCGAAAAUUCCGAGAUCGUGGAAGGCGACGACGAACUGGAUCAGGAAAACAUAAUAAUAUUUAGUGAGCUACAACAAGAAGAGUUCAGAAAUUUCGUUAGGAUUGAUAACAACCUUGCCUGCUACGGGGAAUCUACCGACGAGCAUAUAAUCGCAGAGGCCAUACAAGGAGAAAAUUCAAUAAUGGAAGACCCGUCCGAUGAUGAACCUCCUAAUAGUGUUGCAGAUAGCAUUCCAAACCAUAAGGAAGUCAUUGAUUCCAUUAAUACUAUCCGUAGAGCACUUAUGCCUACAAAUAAAUUUAUGCUCGAGAUCGAUAAUAUUGAACAGUAUUAUUUCGAGCUCUCUAAAUUAAACAUUCAGUCGAAAAUUACAGACAGUGCAUAUAUGUAUGCAAGUUAAUACCCUACUCUGGUAAGCCGCAUAACGGCAAAUAUUAUAUACAAAAAGUUAGAGUAA